CAUCCCAUGUGCAGCUCUUGGCUUCUGCUUCAUCGUCUCGUUGUCCCUCUCUCUCUCUCCCUCUCUCUCUCUCUCUCUCUCUCUCUCUGUUUCUCUAUUUCCAGUUUCAGAGCUCCAUCGAUAACAUCUCCAUAGCCUCUGAAUCAAUACGCAUUUGCAAAAGCUUCAAGCUCUUUUUCACUUUCUCUUCUUUCUUCCAUCGUUUCUCUUCUGGGUUCUGCUGGAACAUGAAGAAGGGAAGAACCCUUCUUGCUUUUUUGCUUCUGGUGCUCUCUGCUACGUUUCAUCUCUCGGAAGCUCAAGAAAGCUCCUCCAAUGGCGGCGGCGACGCCGCCGCGAUGUUCGCUCUCAGGAAGAGCCUUAACCCUCCUCCAUCUCUUGGAUGGUCAGACCCGGACCCCUGCAAAUGGGACCACGUAGGUUGUACGGACGGCAAUCGCGUGACCCGGAUCCAAAUCGGGCACUGCAAUCUCCAAGGUACACUCCCUCCCGAUCUCCGUAACUUGUCGGAACUCGAGCGGCUUGAGCUCCAGUUGAACAAAAUCUCUGGCCCGGUCCCUUCCUUAAGUGGGUUGAGUUCAUUGCAAGUGUUGAUGCUUAGUAACAAUCUGUUCGAUUCAAUCCCUAGAGAUUUCUUCUCUGGGUUGUCGUCUUUACAGUCCGUGGAGAUCGAUAACAAUCCGUUCUCGGCUUGGGAGAUUCCAGAGAGCCUUAGAAAUGCAUCUGCUCUGCAGAAUUUCUCGGCGAACUCCGCAAAUGUCACCGGAAUCUUACCGGAUUUUCUUGGACCAGAUGAGUUUCCGGGUCUGUCAGUUCUGCAUCUGGCCUUCAAUGAUCUACAAGGAGAGCUACCCUCGGGCUUGUCGGGUUCUCAGAUUCAGUCAUUGUGGCUCAAUGGACAGAAAAGUGGACUCACUGGUCGGAUCGAUGUUUUACAGAACAUGACUGCUUUAAGAGAGGUUUGGUUGCAUUCGAAUGCGUUUUCCGGUCCGUUGCCUGAAUUUUCAGGUUUGGAAGAGCUUGAGAGCUUGAGCUUGAGGGACAACUUGUUUACUGGUCCUGUUCCUGUCUCUCUUACCAAUCUUGAAUCACUGAAAGUGGUUAAUCUGACCAAUAAUCUACUUCAAGGGUCAGUUCCUGAGUUUAAGAACACUGUCUCAGUUGAUUUGGUUAAGGACUCCAAUAGCUUUUGCUUACCGAGCCCUGGUGAGUGCGAUCCCAGAGUCAGUUCUUUGCUUUCGAUCGUGAAAUCAAUGGAAUAUCCACAAAGGCUUGCGCAGAGUUGGAAGGGGAACGAUCCUUGCGUGAGCUGGAUCGGGAUCACGUGCAGCAAUGGAAACAUUACGGUCAUCAAUCUUGAGAAGAUGGGACUUAACGGGACGAUUUCCCCCUUGUUUGGAUCGAUCAAAUCCCUUCAAAGAAUUGUUCUUGGAGGUAACAAUCUUACCGGUACGAUUCCUCAAGAACUCACAACAUUGCCCGAACUUAGAGGGCUUGAUGUUUCGAAUAACCAGCUUUACGGGAAAGUCCCGGAAUUCAGAAGCAAUGUGAUUGUGAACACUGCUGGCAAUCCCGAUAUCGGAAAGGAUAAAACCCCUCCAUCUCCUGAUUCUUCAUCAGAUCCAUCAUCGGGUAAAGGAAAUAACGUAAAGAACUCGAAAUCUUCUUCUUUAGCCGGGAUAAUCAUCGGUUCUGUGAUUGGAAGUAUGCUAUCGAUCUUCUUGAUCGGGUUAUUAGCCUUCUGCUGGUACAAGAAGAGGCAGAAGAGAUUCACAAGAGUUCAAAGCCCCAACGCUGUGGUGGUACAUCCACGGCACUCUGGCUCCGACAACGAAAGUGUGAAAAUCACAGUUGCAGGUUCAAGUGUUAGUGUCGGUGCCAUUAGCGAAACCUAUACUCUUCCGAGCACUAGCGAGGCCGGAGAUAUCCAUAUGGUGGAAGCCGGAAACAUGCUGAUUUCGAUUCAGGUUUUACGCUGCGUUACAAACAACUUCAGCGAACAAAACAUUCUAGGACAAGGAGGUUUCGGGGUAGUCUACAAGGGCGAGCUGCACGAUGGAACCAAGAUUGCAGUGAAGAGAAUGGAAUCUGGAGUGAUACCCGGAAAAGGGUUUGCAGAAUUCCGGUCGGAAAUCGCAGUUUUGACAAAGGUAAGGCACCGACAUUUGGUUGCCCUUCUCGGGUAUUGCUUGGACGGGAACGAGAAACUUCUGGUAUACGAGUACAUGCCUCAAGGUACACUUAGCAGGCAUCUAUUCAACUGGUCAGAGGAAGGGCUGAAGCCUCUUGAAUGGAAGCAGAGAUUAACCAUAGCCUUGGACGUGGCGAGAGGGGUAGAGUAUCUUCAUGGAUUAGCCCAUCAGAGCUUCAUACACAGAGACUUGAAGCCUUCGAACAUUCUUCUGGGUGAUGACAUGAGGGCUAAAGUUGCAGACUUUGGACUCGUCCGACUCGCCCCGGAGGGCAAGGGAUCGAUCGAGACGAGAAUCGCCGGAACGUUCGGAUACUUAGCUCCAGAAUACGCUGUUACGGGUAGAGUGACAACAAAAGUCGACGUAUACAGCUUUGGGGUGAUACUAAUGGAGAUCAUAACAGGAAGAAAAGCCCUAGACGAAUCCCAACCCGAAGAGAGCAUGCACUUGGUCUCAUGGUUCAAACGCAUGUUCAUCAACAAAGAAUCCGCGUUCAAGAAAGCCGUCGACCCAUCAAUAGACCUCGACGAAGAAACCCUAGUGAGCGUUCACACAGUUGCAGAGCUGGCCGGCCAUUGCUGCGCUCGAGAGCCCUACCAGAGACCAGACAUGGGGCACGCUGUCAACAUCCUGUCUUCCCUCGUCGAGUCCUGGAAACCUUCCGACCAGAACCCCGAGGACAUCUACGGGAUCGAUCUCGAAAUGUCUCUGCCGCAAGCGCUCAAGAAAUGGCAGGCUUAUGAAGGACGGAGCGGUCUUGAGUCAUCGUCGUCUUCUUCGCUUCUCCCGAGCCUGGACAACACUCAGACAAGCAUUCCGACCAGACCUUAUGGCUUUGCCGAUUCAUUCACUUCCGUGGAUGGUCGAUGAAUCCUUUAUAAGUCUGUUCAUUUGUAGUUUCUGUACAUUGGGUUUUCCUCCUCUUCACUGUUAUUCUUUCACGUUUCUUGUCCUGCAAGUAACAUUUUAGGGUUUCUCUUCUGGGUGAUUCAGAUUUCGUGUCAUGUAAGUUUGUGAAAAUUGUAGCGACAGAGUAGCACAGGUUGGUGAUGAAUCCGUUUUCUCACA